CUGUUUCUUUCAGUUUCAUUACCACAGCUAAAUGGUCAGGUACUUCCGAAUCCGGCCGGAGGCAAUGGUAUUUGGUCACCAAAUCAGGAGGGAUGGAGUUCUAUUUACGGCAACAGAGUUCCCGGUUCCCAAGUUCCUUCCGUACCAGGAGGUUACCCAUCUCAACCGAAUAUCCUUACCUCUACAUGGCCUGCGUGGGAGCAGAAUCCGAAUAUUCCAAACACCCAAUCAACCACUGUAGGUUGCCUGCAGAACCCCUCUCACCAGACCUCAGGGGCUCUGUGUGGCAGUGUACCACCGCAAAAUCCAGCCAACAGUUCUGGUACGGCAAUCAGAUCUGAAGUGAAUUCAGAGAAGAACUUGUUGUAUCAGUUUCAACCUGGCCCUGUUGGACCUUUAGUAGGAUUAGCAGGAGCCAAAGGUUCGUUUCGUUUACCUGCUUGCCUUCCCGGUCUCCGAUUCCGGGACUCGCCAUUUUUCAAAGAGAUCGACAUCCUAUUGACACCGCAAAUCAUUACACCAAAUCACAUCACCUUUGCCACAGGUCGACGUUCGUAUGAUCGAUCGUUGGCCUUACGCUUCACACCGGAUCAGGCAGAGACAAUCACGUAUCACUGUCGACGUGUGGCAAACGACCGGAUGGACUUUGGUGUGCAAGUAAUCAUGCGUUUCGCUCGCCUUGAUCCGGAUCUCUCGGCACAGUUGGUAGAAGCUUAUGGGCUCACAACCAACCGAGGUUCACGUCUGGAUCCGAUCCCUAAACCGUGCAUAUUAACUCUGAGCGAAGACAGUUUGCCGGUACAUUUGGCCAUCCAGGUCAACGGUCGUCCUGUUCAACUUCCUCCGCUAUUGCCUAGCAAUCGCCCUGGAUUGGACGGUCGUCGCAAUCCAAGACCGAUCAACAUUACGCAGUUUUGUUACGAUGCGACUACUUAUUUGAUCAUAAAUGAACGAAAGCCUUCUUGGAAUUGUCCUGUAUGCGAUCGCAAGGUGUAUUAUGAAGAUCUGAUCAUAGACGGUUUGUUCCUUGAAGUGCUCAACUCUAAAGCUGCUCAAAACUUGGACGAAGCGGUGUUUCACGAUGAUGGGACCUGGUCCGUUUUGGCUGAGAGAGGAAAAUCGCGUAAAUCACCCGGAUCCAGUGAUUCAGAUGAUUCAGACGAGGAUGAACCGGAAUGUGCUACUAAGCCCACUUCCCAGACGAGCUGUCUAAAUAGUCCCGGAUCAGUCCCGGCUCGCCAGCGUACACCUAACUCGACGACGUCUGCGCUUGAACCGGACUCGGUUGGCUCAUCAACCACGAUGUUGUCUACCGGCCUGUCGUUCAGUACGGCAGUUUCACCUGCUGGAUCUGGUUCGUCUUCGAAUGCUACGGCGUUCCUAAAUUUUCCCCCAUCCAGUUCACCCAACCGUGGUGGAAAUUUACCUGUUCCUUUCCGGGCACCGCAUACUAUCGGAUCCGACAAGGAAAUCGAUCGACCGGUGGUCCCUGUGCAGCAAAAUAUCACCAUCGACCUUACGGCCUCUGAUGAUGAGGCUAGCUCGAUCGCCAAUCGUUCCGAUCGUGUUUCCGACUAUCCGUUCUUGCGCGCUUCUUUCCCUGUUCAGGUACCAUUAUGUUAUCAGAUGAAGAGGUACAUCAACACGGUCCAUUACAACUGGGUUCCCCAACAACCAACCAGAAAAUCAUCAACCCAUCCUCCGCAUCACGACAAGGUGAAAUCCCCUCCCUAG